UAUACAUUUUGGAAACUAUUAUAUUAAUUAAUAACACCAUUCUUUGUGUUUUAUUACCUUGAAAUUAAAUUACAGAAAAUGGCAGUGUAGUGACAGGAAAUUUGAAAGCUUUCUCUCAUCUAACCAAUUAGUGGUCAACCGAUAUAUCGCCGCAGCCGAUAAGUCUUUCUGUGUGGCCGAUGUUUUUCAAAAAUAAUCAUAAUAUCAUGCUUUAUGCUUCCUUUUUAAGAAAAGCCAUUCAGAUAGGAAGCCAGCACCUGACUGUCAGUAAAAUGACCAAUCGUCAUUCACUUUCUAACGUGAUGUUACAUUGUGUUACAUACAGUCUGGCAUGCAGCAAAGUCUUAUUCAAACGUGCCACAGUCCAGCAGCAGCUCCGGAGGGAGACACAGAUGUGGCAUAAAUGAAUUUAAACAAAAAUGAAACCGUGUUUAUCUCACAAAUUAUCAAAAGUCUCGCUCUUCCUCAUAUAUGCGCGUUGUUCUCGGGAAGAUGCCGUUUUUCGCUGGACUCAAAGGCUGGCGCACUCCAGAAUAAAAGCUGGGUCAACACAAGAACUCUAUAUAUUAAUAAUAUGUUUGAAAAUCUUUAUAUUUUUAUUCAGGUAUUACGGCUGUAGUUGAUUGCCCAUAAUUUGCAUAAUAUCACGUGUAGUAUACCUUUUCAUAUGUUAUUUAUUUAUUUUUUGCUAUUGGAGAAAUUGAAACACAAAAAGUAUAUACUGUAUGUUGUUUCCGUUCACCACUGUAGAAGUUUACAGGAAGGGGAAGUUUAGGGGAAGUCGUGGCCUAGUGAUUAGACAGUUUGACUUCUAGUCCUAACCCUAAGGUUGUGGGUUCGAGUCUCAGGAUGGCAAUACCACUACUUGGGUGCCCUUGAGCCACUGCAUAAAUGGCUGCCCAUUUUUUUGCAGUGAGAGGCUUCUUUUAAUUUUUUUAUUUAUUUAUUAAAACAAUGUUUUGGGCACUGUUUAUGCACUUCAGGCUCCUCGUGUUUUGAUAAGAGCGCUCUGAAUUAGAGCCCUGUGCAGGACUGUUUUCUUAAACCUGCACCUGCCGCUCCGGCUGAAUGUAUGACCUGGCCCGCCCGCACCUGCAACCUAGAUGUUCCACUCCCGCCCGCACACGCAACCUAUGUGUUCCACUCCCGCCCGCUCCCGCAACCUAUGUGUUCCCCUCUCGCCCGCUCCCGCAACCUAUGUGUUCCACUCCCGCCCGCACACGCAACCUAUGUGUUCCACUCCCGCCCGCUCCCGCAACCUAUGUGUUCCCCUCUCGCCCGCUCCCGCAACCUAUGUGUUCCACUCCCGCCCGCACACGCAACCUAUGUGUUCCACUCCCGCCCGCUCCCGCAACCUAUGUGUUCCCCUCUCGCCCGCUCCCGCAACCUAUGUGUUCCACUCCCGCCCGCACACGCAACCUAUGUGUUCCACUCCCGCCCGCUCCCGCAACCUAUGUGUUCCCCUCUCGCCCGCUCCCGCAACCUAUGUGUUCCACUCCCGCCCGCUCCCGCAACCUAUGUGUUCCACUCCCGCCCGAUCCCGCAACCUAUGUGUUCCACUCCCGCAAACUGUAUGUUCCACUCCCGCCUGCUCCCGCAACCUAUGUGUUCCACUCUCGCCCGCUCCCGCAACUUAUGUGUUCCACUCUCGCCCGCUCCCGCAACCUAUGUGUUCCAUUCCACCCUGCUCCCGCAACCUAUGUGUUCCACUCUCGCCCGCUCCCUCAACCUAUGUGUUCCACUCCACCCCGCUCCCGGAACCUAUAUGUUCCACUCCCGCCCGCUCCCGCAAUGAAGGAAAAGUAUAUUGCUGACUGACUGCAGUCCCAGACUUGUGCAUCUUUCUUCCAAGAUCCACCCAUAUGCACUGAAAGCCCUCUCUGAUGGCGCACUAGAUGUGGGAAUGCUCAAAAUAAAACGUGUGAAUUUUGAGAGGACGGGAAAUCGCUCUUUACCAUUUUUUUCAGAGACAAAUGAGAAUUGUUUCCAGAUGUCUGACUUGCCUUGCUUUCCUUUUGUCAAGUAAACAGUAUCUUAAAUUUUCUUCUCAACUUCUUGUGUUGACUGCAUUUCUACUACAACUCACCGUUCCCGGCGGAUAUCCCGCGAAAAGUUAUCUCCCGCGAGAUUUGUGUUGAGCCCAAACCCAAUAUAGCCCUCUACUCUGAGUGCCUGAAGUUGAAAAAAAAUAAAUCCGCUUUGUGCAGAAAAGUGCCCAACAUCAUUCAUGUUUUUUUUUUUCAUUGUCCAAUCAAAUGAAUGGAGAGAAUGGAACACCCUUCUCCUGUGUUGGUGAUUUAAGUUUACAGCUGCUUGGAACGUCCAGAGACUGCAGAGAUGGAGGUUGUGGUGGCUGUCGCAGGUUACCCGCUGCCUAGCUACAUAAAACAAAAUGCACUGUACUGCUCUUUUCUAAAUAACAAAAAAAAGUAAAUCAGAUAAAGGUAGUGUGGUGUGCCUUUCGUUUUCAAACCUGAAAAAACACAUUCUUUCUGAUUGGGACCUUAAAAAGGCUUGUUGAGCUUUAAUCUGGUGAAACCAACAUGACUCUGUGUAAUCAUUGUCACCUAGUAGUUUCAUCUAUAAUCUCUGGCAGUCAUGUGGCUGUAACAAGCUCUGUUGUGCUUUUAUGAUAGCUGUGAGUAAAGGGCUUUAUGUUUUGCAUAGAUGAAUCAUUGUUUGAUAUGUGCAUGUCACACCCAUAAGACUGUGUAGGAUACAUGUCCUAAAAGUCUUUCCAUUCACACUAACUGUCCUGAAAAUAUAGGUUUCACAUGGCCAUUGAGAACCUGGAAA